GCCACUACCUGCGAUCGGCCUCGGAUUGGGUGCGUGGCGCCUCCCCGGCGUGAUAGGUCAGGACCACCGCCCCCCUUGCUCCCCAUUGGUCGCUCGGCGAAGCCCGGUCUCCGGGUAAGAUGGCAGCGGACGGACAGUGCUCGCUCCCCGCUUCAUGGCGGCCGGUGACCCUCACCCACGUCGAAUACCCUGCAGGUGAUCUCUCUGGCCACCUCCUUGCCUACCUGAGCCUCAGCCCUAUUUUUGUUAUUGUUGGUUUUGUGACCCUCAUCAUAUUCAAGCGGGAGCUACACACGAUUUCAUUCCUCGGGGGCCUGGCACUGAAUGAAGGUGUCAACUGGCUGAUCAAACACGUCAUCCAGGAGCCUCGGCCCUGUGGAGGCCCACACACGGCAGUGGGCACUAAGUACGGGAUGCCCUCCAGCCAUUCCCAGUUUAUGUGGUUCUUCUCCGUCUAUUCCUUCCUUUUCCUGUAUUUAAGAAUGCAUCAAACAAAUAACGCCAGGUUCUUGGACUUGCUGUGGAGGCAUGUGCUCACCCUAGGGCUCCUCACCGCAGCCUUUCUCGUCUCCUAUAGCAGGGUCUACCUGCUGUACCACACCUGGAGUCAGGUACUCUAUGGGGGUAUUGCUGGAAGCCUCAUGGCCAUCGCUUGGUUCAUCUUCACCCAGGAAGUUCUCACCCCACUGUUCCCCAGGAUAGCAGCCUGGCCCAUCUCCGAGUUUUUCCUCAUCCGGGACACGAGCCUCAUUCCCAAUGUGCUCUGGUUUGAGUACACAGUAACCAGGGCAGAAGCCAGGAACAGACAACGCAAGCUGGGGACCAAGCUGCAGUGACUGGUGGGCGUGGCUGGGUCAAGCCCCCGAAUCUGGCCUGCGCCAUACCUCGCAGGAUGGACAGGAUGAUGGACGGAGGGGUGAAGCAGAGACCUCGACAGACCCAAGUCACCAAGUGGAGCCUUUUUUUUUUCUUAUUUUAAUUUUAAUGGACAUGGUGGACCAAAGGGCUGAGUCAGGCCCUCAGCGAGGACCCUGGGAGGGCCUGCUGUCUGUGGGUCACAUGGCCAGAGACCCUGGCUCUGCUGCUGCCAGCUCCUGACUGGGUGGAAAGUGCUCUUGGCAUGGGCCCUAGGUUGGGUAGAGCACGGGGGCUUGGUCCUCUGGUCUUGAGACCAGGAACUCCAGGUGGUGGAGUGCACACUAUUUAUUUUUGGGGACUGUGGAGUUCAGGCUGAAGAGGCUGCUCCAUGGUGGCUGCCCUGUGUACAAAGGGGCCCCGGUCAGCUCCCAGGCCCUGUGCCCUGAGCUGGGGCGGCCUGCCUCCUGUUGGACCUGAGUGGAGACUGGGGCCUGGGGCCCAUGAGUGAGGCCUCCCCUGCCCUCUCUGCCCCCACUCCAGAACCUUGUCAGUGUUUCCUUGCCUGGGGGCAGGGCCCAGGGCGAGCACCUGUCCGUCUGUCGGCUGCUGUCAUUGCGUUCUUCCCUAGACCCACCCAACAUCACAAGGGCUUUCUCUGGUCCUCUAUCCCUUCCCGACAAAAGAGCCUGCACAUAGGGGUGAGCACACCCAAGCGUUUACAGCUCCUUUUGUCUGGCCAUCCAGUAGCAGUCUGUCUGUCUUCAUCCCCACUUGAACAAACAGAGGAACCAGGAGCUAGGAUUCUGGCAGUGUGGCAGUGCUGACACCCUCCCCCAUCAGCUGUCCUGUGUGCUCUGGAUCUGUCCCUGUCCUUCCUGGCCUGCCCUGGAGGCUGCCUGGGUGUGGGCUCUCCGACCCCCACCUGCCCGGCUGCAAGGAGUCCCUCUUAGGGCCUCUCUCCGAGUCGGCCUGCCACAGUUGUGGAGAUGCUUCCAGAACUGCAGCAGCCCCUGGGGACUGGGUUCGAACCCUCCCUCCCCCUUUCUCCGUGGAGGUCCUAACCUGCUGCUGAAGCACAAGUGUUUGGUGCUUUCCUUUCGUGUUAAAGGCCGUGUCUAAGCCCCUCGAGACGCCAGGGCCAGGGCUGGUUUCUAGGGAGGUAGUCAGUCACAUUCCCUCCCCUUCCCCUAGGAUUUUUAUUUUUGACUUUUUGCUUGAGACAAGCCAAGUGUGAGGUGGUUUAAGAAAAUAAAAUUGUUUACUAUUGUUUUAAAAUAAAAUCUGAAACUCUG